AUGUCAAUCCAAAAUAUCCAGAAGAAAUGUAUAAAACACAAUUAAAAUGCCAUAUACCUGGACAAUGCAUAAUCUAAUCCUAAUAUGAAAUUUCUUUGCCCUUAAUGUGUUACAGAUUUAAAAUAGAAUUUAAUAUUAAUUAAUGAUGCAUAAUAAUAAUUAUAAGGACUUUAGGCAAUAUUGCUUUAGGAAAAUGAGGAAUUAAAUUCUAAAAACUUAAAAUUAUUAGAAGAAACUAAAGAACAACUUUUCCAAUUUAAAUCCACUAUAAUUAGAUUGAUUGAAAAGUGUUUACACAGCUUGGAAUAAUAAAUUAAAAUCAUAAAAUAAUAUCUGAUUAGUUUUUAAAAUAAAAUUCAUGAAAUCCCAACUAUUAAUAUUGAUUCAUUUAUAAAAUAAUAUGCUGCUGUACCUUCUUUAAAUUAUAAGGAUAUAAGAGAUUUACUAAUUCGUAAAUUAUCUUAAAUUUCAAUGAACUAACUUUUUUAAUAAAUAUAGGAGAAGUUAAAUCAAAUUGAUUUGGGAACAAAGAGUGCUGAAGAAAUUAUGAUUUCUUUAAAAUAAAAAAUAGAUUUUCAUAAAUAACAACCUAAAAUUAUCUGUUAUACACAUAACAAUGAAGCAAUUAUGAUAGAUAUGAAUGAAAUUGAGAUUUGCCCUAAAAGAUUUGCAUGCUUAGAUUGCAUUCAAGAAUUCAAUGCUAAAUAUUCUAAAAUUUAAAAUUUAUAUGAACUAUGGAUAAGUCAUACUUCCUUUCAAUCUAAUUACCUUGGCAUUAUAACUGAAAAAUUUAAUAAAUAAAACCAAGCGUUUAUAAAAUAAUUUGAAAAUAUGAAAACUUAUUUUUAAUUCUAAAUAUCUGAUUUUUCUUAAAAAUUGAACUAAAACAAUGAUGAUUUCCAAAAUAAACUGGAAAAUUUUUAAUCUUCGAAUUCUCGUUAAUUAUCUGAUUUUACAUAAGUAUCAAUUAUAGAGAUUGCAAACUACUUGAGUAAAAGUAAAAACAAAUAUAUGACGGAUGAUUAACUUGAAUAAGAUUUUAAUAGUUGGGCUUUUUAAAAUGAAUAAUAUUUAUCAAGAAUAAGAUUGGCUCAAAACUAGUUUGAAAUUUAAUAAAAUUAAUUAUAAAGUAGUAGUCAAUAGUAAAAAAAAAGAAUUAAAAUAAGAGAAAUUGAAUACAAGAAUCCAUCAAUAAAAGAAUUAAAAUAAUUAGAAAUUAUGAAUUAAGUUAUUAAUUUACAAAUAAAUAAUUAAUUAAAUUAAACUUUUUGUUAACCUAAAGCUAUUAGACUUUUUAAAAGGUAGGUAUCUUCCACAAGCAUAAAUUAAUAAAUAUUUAGAUAUGAUUUGUUAAAAUAAUAUUCUAUUUUUUAAUAAGAAUUAUGUUAAGCGAUGGAAUUUAAUUAUGAUAAUUCGAUCCUUUUAGCUGGAUCUAAUUGUUAAAUAAAAGUUUAUAACUUUUUUAUGGGGGAAAUGAAAUUUAAAUAAUUGUUAAAUGAACAUAAAAAAAAUGUAGUUACUUUAAAUUUUAUGAAACCAUCUACUUAGUUUAUUUCUGGAAGUGAUGAUAAUCUUAUAAUUAUAUGGUCAUUAAAUAAGAAUAAUUCAUGGUUUUGCUAAUAAAAAUUAAAUUCUCAUAUAAGAGAAAUACGAGCUGUAAUAAUAAAUUCUGUUGAUGAUUUAAUUAUUUCAGGCAGUUUAGAUAAAACCAUUAAAUUUUGGUCAAAAGCUAAUGGUUGGUUUUGUUCAUAAACAAUCGACGAGCAUUAAGAUUCAGUUUGGGGACUUAGUUUAAAUGAGACAGAAAAUUAAAUUAUUUCUUGUGGAGAGGAUAAAAUAAUUUUAAUUUUAGAAAAAUAAACAGAUAAAACUUGGAUUUUAUUCCAAAAGAUAUUUACAUUUAUCUCUGGAUGUCGAUUAUGCUAUAUUAAUGAUCAUUCUUUUGUUUUUUAACCUUAUAAAAAUGAGAAUAUGAUUCUAUUUCAAUAUGAUAAUAUGAACAGAUAGUUUUAACAAAUUGAUUAAAUUAAAGUAAAAGGUGGAUUAAAUUGUGUUUGUUUUUUUCCUUAGAAAUUAUUAAAAUAAAACUCUCGAUAUGGAAAUAAAUUUGUUCUUGUUGAUAAAAAUGGCCAACAUGUGAAUUUGAUUAAGUUAAAUUCAUCAGGAUAAUUAAUGACUGAAUAAUCCAUUGAUUUUUCUACUUGUUAAGUUUUUGGAACUAUGAGCAAUGAUGGAGAAUUCUUAGUAACUUGGGAUGAUAGAACCAAAGAAUUUUAAAUUAGAGUCUUUAAUUAAUUAUGA